UUGAAGACCAGGCCAGGUGUAGAUAUCUGAAGUAUGAUUCCAGAAAAACAUGAUUUAAUUAUAAGCAUGUGUUGAUGGUCCUCAGGUAUCUUCAGGAUCAACGAGAGGAAGCGCUGUCACUUUUAAACCAAUCAGAGGAGACCAUCAGGGAGCGUCAUGGUGAUGAGAGUGAGAGGCGGCUCAUUGUGACGUAUGGAGACAUGGCCUGGCUGAAAUAUCAUGCUGGAGACUUUGCACAGUCACAAAGCUACUGUCAGAAAGUCGAGGACAUACUGGUGAAGUAUCCCACUGGUUCAUCAGCAAGUCUCCUUCCAGAGGUCUACGGAGAACAAGCCUGGACCUACCUCAAGUUGUCAAAAUCUUACUACUUAAAAGCCGUUGACAGUUUUCGUAAAGCACUUGAGAUACAGACUGAUGACAUUGAGUGGAAUGCUGGUUACGCCAUUGCCCUCUAUCGCACGGAAGAGUGGGUUUUAGAAAACUUACAGGAAACUGAAGAGCCUCCAUCCAUCAAACAGCUUCACUUUGCCCUGGAGCUCAACCCCGAUGAUGCUGUUCUGCAGUCCAUGCUGGCCGUGAAGCUCGGAGCCUAUAAGAAAUACGAAGAGGCUGAGUGUCUGCUGAAGAAAGCACUGAAAACUGAUCCUGAUAACCCUCAUGUCAGCCGCUACGUAGGAAAAUACUUUCGUAAUCAUCAUCAACUGGACGAGUCUAUUGAUAUGUUGGAGCGAGCGUUGAAGAGAACCACCCAGUCAUCUUUCAUCCACCACCAGCUGGCGCUGUGCUACAAGAGGAAGAAGAUUGCUGAGCAGAGCCGCAAGCCCUUCAGCAACCAAAGAGAGGUGCGGUACUGGAGGCGUAGUUGUAUUCGUGAAUUUGAAAUGGCUGUUAAGAUAAAGCCGUCCUUUCAUCUCGCAUGGGCUGACCUGGCACUGCUGUAUGCAGAGGAAAGGAAUUUAAGAAGGGCAGAGGAGAUUUUCCAGCAGUGCUUGUUGAAGUUACCAGAGUGUGAUGAAAGCCUUUCUCAAGCUAUCCAUCAGCGCUAUGGUGACUUUCAUUACCAUCACAACAGAAAUGAAGCUCAAGCCAUCGUUCACUACACCAAGGGUCUCCUGAUACCACUGAAGAAAUAUGAGAAGAAAGUCUGUGCUAAGAAACUCAAGAAGAUCGCUGAGAGACGUCUGUCAAGGAAUCCGGGUGAUGGCGAGGCUCUCGCUCUGCUGGGUCAGGUGGCCAGAGCUCAGGGCAACAGGAAGAAAGCUGCUGAGUUUUAUGAGGAAGCUCUGAACUGUGACAAGGACAAUGAAGAGUACCUGUCUGCUCUGUGCGAGCUGCGCCUGGAGCUGCAGUGAUCAUCCUCUGAUUAAUCAUGAUCAAUGCACCGCUGUUACAUCAUACUUCAGCCCGCUGAAUGUGGACUUGAUCCAUGUGCUUUCAGAACUGCACAACCUUAACAAAUGGGCCCUUCAUACCUUUCUGUUAGGUAUUAAAUUAUAAACCAUGAAGAAGUUUAUGUCCAGGUCUCUGCUCAGAUACACUUUUACAUAUUAAUUUAAACUGUUACAAAGAAAACGAUUUCUGUUGAUUUUAAUAAAAAUGAAGCUAGCAGGGUUCAAA